UACAGUUGCUAAAAUGGCGGCAUUAGUAAGUGCUUUGAAUUUUAACGCCUCAACGAAAGUUUAAAAUAGCCUCAUCAAGCGGCAGCAGUAUUAUUUACGCAUGGAGACAGUGACUGUGUUUUCGGAUUAAAACGAAACGGGAUAUUGACGCCAUGGCCUCUGUAGGGGGGGAAGACGUCACGCUGCCGCUGGAUUUCAAUGCCUGCUCUAACAUGUCCAGAUUGACCGAUAUAUCAACUUUCAUGGAAAGUAGUUGUUCAAGGGAUCGAGUGACAGGUGACAAAACCUCACCAAUGAAGCCAUGGAUGAUGAAAGAUUAUGAAAAUCAAAUCACCGAUCUGAAGAAGGAGAACUUCAACCUUAAACUUCGUAUAUACUUUUUAGAAGAAAGAAUGCAACAAAAAUUUGAUGGUGCAAGUGAAGAUAUUCAUAAAACGAAUAUUGAACUGAAAGUGGAAGUUGAGAGUCUGAAGCAUGAUCUUCAAGAGAAGCAGGCACUUCUUGUUAAGGCAUCUAAAGCAGUUGAAAGUCUGGCAGAAAACAGUAGUGAAGUUCUUCGAGUCAAAGAGGAAUGCAAGAAGGAUCUCGAUCAAGUAACCAAUGUUUUUCAUAAGAAAAUUGAACAAUUGGAAGAGAGUCUCAAAGCUGCCCAGACUGAUGCUGACCAAAUGGCAAUAAAAGCAGAGCAAGAAAAACUUAAAAAUUUGGACUUGGAGAAACGUCUUGUAGCUCUUACUGGUUCACAGCCACCAAGAACAGAGCCAGAGCUUUGCCAAAGAUUGGAUGAACAAGACAGGUUGAUUGAAAAACUUAAUUUAAUAGUAAAAGAUAAAGAUGUACUUAUUGAGCAGCUUAGAAAUGAUAAACUACAUUUGAAUUCAGUUGGUGAACUUACAGAAGCCUUGGAAAGGGUAAAUGGAGAGACGGAGGCUUUGAGAAUAGAGCUGAAGAAUGAAAAGAUGAAACAUGAAAAGGAGAUUCAGAACUUGGCCCAAAGGCAGAACGACCCUUCUAAAGUUGACUCAGCUAAGAAAAUGCCAGAGGAACUGGAAAUUAGCAGAACUAUUAUUAAUACGCUGAAAAAAAGUUUGGAAGAAAUGGAAAGAGAGACAAAGGUUCUGAGAGAAACAUUAGAAGAAAAGGAAAAUGAGCUGAAUACUGAAAAGAAGAAUGGACUUAAGAAAGAUAAAGCUAUCCAGGGUUUUACUUUACUUUUGAAAGAAAAAGAAAAUGAGAUAGAAGAACUUUGUCAUACAAUUGAAGAUCGUGAUGAUGCACUAGGGAAGGCAAGAGAAGCUGCCCAUAAAGCCCAGAUUCAGAAAUAUCAGGGUGCUGAGCAAAACAAGAGUCUCUUGACAGAGAAAGAAACGGAAUUGGCAAAGCUGCUUUCAGAUCAUCAAAUUAAAGUAAUGGAAAACCAAAAACUACAGAGAACUCUUAGCAGAAAAGAACAGGAAUUAAGUUACGUUCAUCAAACUAUGGAACAGCUAGAAAAAGAAAUUGAAGACCUACAGCAAGAGAAAAACAAAGGCGAUAAGUUUAUCAAUGAUCUGAGAAACCAAUUGAAGAAAUUAAAGGAGGAGCUGGGAGAAAAAGAGAGAAAUUUUGAGCAACAACACCAGUCUUUACUGAAUGAAAACAAACAUAAACUACAGAGUCAAGAAUUGACUAUCAAACGUUUAAUGAGUUCCUUAAAUGAAAAAGAGCAGUUGCUUCAGGAAUACAUGAAAAUGGUUACAUUUUCCAAAGAAGAGACAAAUUCAAGCUCAGAUGGAAAAGAGUCAUUGUUGGCAAAGCUUCGUGAGCGACUUAAAGAAAAAGAUCAUGCAUUACAGCAAGCUAUUGAUGAUAAGUUUGCCUCUAUUGAUGAUAAAGAUAAUGAAAUUCAGCAGCUGCUUCUGUCAUUGCGUGAGAAAGAAAGAGACUUGGAUCGACUCGGCAAUCUCCUUUCUCAUAAUCAGGAAAUGAUUAAUAGUCUUGAGGCUGUAUUGAAAGAAAAGGACAUGGAGCUGCAGCACUUGGAAAACUCGUACAAAAACCUUCAGAGGACAAAACAAGAUCUGGAAGACAAUAGAACUCGAUCUUUACGAGAAAAAGAUGUUAUCAUAUCUCAGCUGGAGAGGUCACUUGCAAAUAAGAAUGCAGAAAUUGAGGAAAUGGCAAAUACAUUGUUAAAUUCCAAUAAUGACUCCAAGGACCUUGCCUCACAGCUGAGUCAGCGUCUAAAAAUUAGCGAAGCAAUGUUAGCUGAAGUGAUGAAAGACAAGGAACGGCUGUUAUUGGAAAAUGAAGCUGCUGUGGAAGGACUUCUAAACACCAUCAGUUACAAAGACAAAAUUAUGAAAGAAAGUUCUGAACGUUACAAUCAGUCCUUGGCUGAUAGAAAUCAUGAAAUUCAAGAUCUUAGGAAGCAGCUGUUGGAAAAACAACAGGAACUCUCCAGCAUUGAAAAACACAGCUUAAUCACUUCUCAGGAAAAUCUUCUGGAGACUGCUGAACUGAAGGCAUUGUUGGCUGAUAAAGACACAAUAAUAAAUAAGCUAGUUGAGAGUGCCCAGGAGAGAGAUAAAUAUCUUACAAGGCUGUCAAAGGAGUCUGCAGUUCCUCAGGCUAUAGAACUAAAGCAUACCAUACAGAUUCUACAAGAACAACUUAAAGAGAAAGAAGCUGAAAUUAAAAAAACUUGUGAUGAUCGUAUGGCAAAAGCACAGAAAAAGAGUAGUACAAUUAUCUUGAAGAAAGAAUUGGCUCAAAAAGAAGAAGCUUUAAGUAAAGCAUUGCAAAAGGAGACUGACCUCCAGACUGAAGUUGCAGACCUUCGUUCUUUGCUGAAGGAUCUUGAAAUUCGUUAUAGAUCUCAGACUGAGAACAUAGAGUCUUUGUCCAAAUCACUAGCUGCUAAAGAUGAAAGUAUACUGGAACUUCGUUUGAAAUUUAGAAAUAUUUCAGAAAGUGUACUGGGAAAAGACCAUUCACAGAAAAGUGCUGUAGAAUAUGAAGAUAAAAAACUCCCUCAUUUUCCCCAAAAGUUAGAAACACAGAAAGGAGUCAGCAGUGAAGAGGCUUUGCCCAAUCUUGAAAAAGUAAUACAAGAAUAUAAUUAUCUGAACAAUGCCUUGAAAAAGGAGCAACAGCUGUAUGUUAGCCUAGCAAGUGCUAUCAAACAGCCUUACAGCAUUCCGAGUAUUCAGAAUUUGCAGGUAGAGCUUGAUGCUGUUCAUAAUCUCAGGCAACAGUUGGAAGAGGGAAUUAAAAGUAAUGAAGAGCUUAGGCACAUCCUGGAAAGAGAGCUGCAACGGGCCAGGAGAAGAGAAGAUGCUGCUUCCCAGACAAUUAUAUUUGACCAUGAUGGGUUACAUUCUUUAAAGCACCAAAUGGAGGAAACACAUCAAUAUAAUGGAUCAGCAAAGACCAGAGAUGAUUUAAACUUAAGAGAGGAUGUAUCAUAUAACCUAAAUGAGACAAGUGACAUCAUGAGCUUUAUUGGUGACGAUACAGCAUAUAUGAGCAUAUGCGUAAAAGAACAUGAAGAAUGGGAUUCAGUUCUGAAUAAUCUUUCUGAAAAGGAGCUAAAGAGAAGGAUCAUUGAACUAUUGAAUACUGUGAAAGAGCUGCAAGCCGCCAAUAAAGAACUUCAAAACAAAGUGAAUUCUGAAAGUAACCCUUCAGAAGCAGAAACUUUAGUCCACCUUUCACGUCACAAGAUGCUGAUUGAUGCAAAGUUGAAAAAUGAUGAGCAAACAAACAAGGAUAUUUGUGACCAGGAUAACAAGAAUAAUCAAAAAAAGGUUCAUUGGUCCUUGGAAAAAAAUAUAAAUAUGGAGAUAACAAGGGAAGGUGACAUGGCUACAUAUUCCACAAGCAAAAAUUAUUUGAUAGGGUACCCCCAAGCAAGUGAAGAGGAGUUGCCAUCUGAUUGUGAAUAUGAACAAAACUUACCUCAUAACCAACUGGAAUCAACUUCAUGUCGGCCUCAAACAGUUAACAUUCAUCAAAAUAAAUCUGAAGACAUCAAAAGAUAUGAGCUGGAAAUUGAUUUAAGAUUCCUUCUUGCAGAGUGUGGAUUGGAAACAUUAGCAGAACUUCGAAGUGAAAUCCAAAGGCUGAAAGGGGAGAAUGCUCACUUAACUAGUUUGUUUAAAAGAGGGUCUUUAAUGGAAUCCAAAGACAAGAGCAAAGAUUCUAAAGAGGAAAGAGGAAAAUAUGGGCAUCAUCAGGUUUCUAGAAAAGGAAUGGAGCAAUUAGUACAUAACUCUUCCAUUGAUGGUGAACGCAACUUUAAUACAGACUUGAUAGUUAACAUCCCAAGAGAAACUGAAAUUCUAAAUAUACAACGCGAAGUCUGUAAUAAAGGAGCAUCUAGUCAAGAGGAAGCAGCCAAGAACACGGGGCAAAAGACAACAGUUUCAGAGAAUGCAUUCCUGCCUAGAAAUCCAUCAAAAUCAAGACUGGCUCCUUCCAGGACUCCCACAAAAUCUCGGCUGCCAGUUCGCAUAAAAGCAAACAAGAUGAACAGUGCCAUUGAUGCUGCUAAUAAAACUGCUCAUUACUGGUGUGCUGAUCCUAUCAUUGUACCUCAAACUGAGAACCAUCAAAGCUGUCUUCAGGAGAAGAAUCAAUUUAGCAAAAAAUUGGACAGAAAACUUUCUGUAACAGAAUCAUUUUCAACAAACUGCAGGUCACCUAGCCCAUCAUUUAUUCCUAGUUGUAGCUUGAAUUGGAAUGCCAGCAGUGAAACAGAAAACGAUUGGAAGAAAUGCAAUGAAUCUCCACAAGUAAAAGAUGAUUUUGACCAUUUAGAUAAUACAUUAGUGUGUGAUGAGACAUGUCUUCAAGACGUUUCUCAAGACAUGAACAAUUUUCAGCAGGUAGAGCAGCUUCUUACAACCCUAAAGGAGAAAGACACUGUAAUUGGCAAACUUGAAGACAAACUCCAGAGAACAUAUAUGAGUGGAACAAAGAGUAUUGAAUUAGAGUUUCAGCAGCAAAUAACAGAACUGCAGAAAAUUAUUGAUCAAAAAGAUGCACAGCUCAAAGAACUUGAACAAAGUUGUCAUGUUACUGAUUCAGCUCAAAACAGCAAUUGGGAAGUUCAUAGUCAUCAAGGUCACAUCUUAAAAUUAAACAAGAAUCUGCUAUGCUUGGGUUGCUGUGAAAAGCUCAUUAAUGUACCGCUGUUUGUUCCAUCUGUUGAUAAUAUGGACACAGAUUUGUCUCUGCAAGUAAGCAAACUCAGAAAGAACUCUGGAGAGACCUUGUUUUUCAAAACUUCAGAGGACUGGUGUUCAGCACAGUCUGCUUUGACCACUAAGAAUGUAACAACUCAGACUUCGGGUUUCGAUUCCAAAUUACUUGAAGAUCAGUUUCACAAUCUUCUUGGAAAGAAAAAUGAGCUUUCCAGUAUAGGUAAUAUCCAGGCCACUAUAGCUGAUCCUACAAGUAAUGAUCCAAACACAUCAGCUGUUGUGUGUAAUUGUAGUAGUGGUCAAGCAAUUUGCCCUGAAGUAAAGGAGCUGCAAAAUGCUUUGAGGGAAAAGGCUAAUUAUUGUAAAGAACUUGAAGAGAAGGUCUUCAUGCAAGAAUCUAAUGCAAUAUGUGCAGAAAAUCAGAAUGUGAAUAACCCCCGACAUCCAGAUAAAUCAGGGGUGGAGAAUCAAGACAACUGUGUUAAUUAUGAGCUACAGUCCAGUGUGUCAUGUGAAAAUCUGGACGUUAAUGAAAUCGUGCAGCUUCAGCAGCAAGUUCUCCACUUGCAAAAUGAACUUCAGGAAAAGAUAACCCAGCAUAAAGAACUUCAAGAAAGACUGAUAGAAGCAGAAAUCACCAUUACACUUCAGAAUGCUCAUUUGCAAACAAAACAAGCUAGAACUUCUUUGGGACAAGAUGACAAAGAGGUUCAGGUCGAAUUGCAAGACCUUGGGUAUGAUACCGGUGGAAAGAGUGAAAGCGAUCUGGAUAGGGAAGAAAACAGUAGUUCAGGACAUAUUCAUGGUAUGCAGCAGUGCAAUAACAUUAGUAUCCUAUCUUUGCUUCAAACACAUGAUCAGAGUUGUAUGGAGAAUAUGGACACUCCUUCAUCUAACUCAUACCCAAGUUCUCUAAGCUCUCCUAAAAUCAACAUAAGAAGUCCAGAGGUCUUUGAUGAUUAUGGCCAUACAGAUGACCCAGCUCAACUUCAGCAUCAAGUUAAAGAACUAAAGGAACAACUGGAAAGCUAUCAAAAAGCCAUUCAUCAAUUGCAAAGCUAUCUUCACAAAAACUCUUUGUCAGUUGAUCUUAGUUCUGUUGAGUCUGGUCUCAGCCAGCACAGUCAAACUCACCUUGGUGACCAUGAAGAUGUGUUAGAUAAUUGCCAGAAUAGCACGGUACCUUUAGAUUUUGUAACUGUGAGGCACAGUCCAGACAAUUGUUUUUCUGUAGAUCAUGUCGGGCAUGAUCAGCAAAUGUUAAAGGAGCAAAUAGUGAGUCUUCAAAUUGAGCUUGAUAAAGAGAGAGCCUCAAGCAAGAUUAUUUUGGAUCAGCUUCAACAAAUGCAAUCAAAAAUUAGAUCUUCCUCACCUGCAAGGUUUGAUUCACUAAUACAGUCUCAGGCCAGAGAACUCUCACGCUUAAGACAACAAAUUAAAGAAGCCCGUACCCUGAUAUUACAGCAUCAUCACCAGCUGGACAAUACAAAAAAAUCAUUUGAGGAUCUCCUUCAAGCCAGUGAUGUGGAUUAUUAUUUGGGGAAAACAUAUAGACAACAGCUUUAUAAAAGUUUAGAGCUACUUGACAAAGUAGUUGACGCAUUGGAAAACAUUAGUGAGCAAUCAGAUAAUGAAGACCGGACAACUCAUCAAGUAGUAAAAAGGUUUACUAAGGAGGUGAAGGAAAAAAACAAGUACAAGAACAAAACUAAUUCACAAAGUAUUUGUUCUAAACUUCAUACUACUAAAAUAACAAAUAACUGGCCCCCCAGUCAGAAUGAGUUUGAAGGCUGGGAUCAACAGUACUCUUCUGUAGAAAAGUCAAAAGGAACACAAUUGGCUACUCAACUGGAAGAGGAGGAUAGGUCCAAAGUACAAAGCAUUGAUCUUAUUCAUCCUGGGUCUUUGCAGUUGCAAGAUGAGGAAGCACAUGUUUCUUUAAUUUCACAUACUAGUCCAGCAAGCAGACAACAGGUUCUGAAUGAAAGCUUGCCCUCUCCGUAUGUACUGCAAAGACAGAAUAACUUGCUUACAGAAAAACUAAAAAAUACUGAAGAGCUCAAUGAAACACUGAGAAGUGAACUGGAUCUUCACCGUUCAAUAAUUACCAGUGGAAAUCAAGGCUAUUUCUCCCCUAAAUGUAAUAAUAGUAGCUCAGCUGCUAAUGAGCAGAAUGAACAAAUGAAGGAAACUAAAUGUAAUUGUUUGGGUGCAAUGAAUAUGGAUCUAAUUGCAGAACAUCUUCAAGAAAUACGCAAGCUAAGGCAACGUUUGGAAGAAUCCAUCAAGACUAAUGAUAGAUUACAAGAGCAAUUAGAACGUAGGUUAGCAGAAGCAGAGCCCAAUCUAGCUUCUACCAAUAUUUUUAUUCAUGAUUCAGAGGAGCAAAAUAAGUUGACAAAGGAAAUCAACUUUCUUUGGGUAAAAAACCAGGCUUUGAAAGAACAAUUAACAGUUGGAUCAAGAGAUAAACAGAAAGAGAAUGAAAAACUGAAAGAGUCUCUUGCAAAGAAAAAUGCUAAAUUGGAACAUCUACGUAAUGAAUAUGAACGUUUGAAGAAGGAAAAUAUAUAUUUAAAAAACAAAGCAGACACCAACACUGAAGAAAAUAAACAUCUAAAGGAUGUUCUUUAUCAUAGCCGGAAUGAAAUCAAUAGAUUGCAGAGAGAAAUAAAUAUGCAACAGCAGCAGCUUGCAGACAACCAGCACCUCUUACAGUCACUACGGGUAGAGUUGCAAGUAUAUGAGCAGCUAAAGGUCCAAGGUGGGAAAAGCAAUGAUAUUCCUUUGGAGCAAAACCAGGAUGUAUUCAUGAAAAAUCCAGGCCAAUUUGACUUGAGUGAAUUAUUAACUGAAAUGAGGCAUCUGAGAAUACAGCUUGAGAGGAGUAUUCAGACAAAUAAUGCCUUGAGACAGAAGCUUGAAGAACAGCUGCUGAGAGAGCAAAGGAAAAACGAGGGAUCAGCUUCCACAAUAAAUAUUAACUACCUACUAGGAGCACAACAUAAACAUUCAGAGACUGGAACACACAGAGAUAUUUCUCAAUCUUCUGUUCAUCAUGACUUGGAAAACAUACAUCACAACCUGUCUUUUGAGAAAGAGCCAUUAAUACAUGGCAGACCUGUUCCUCGCCAAGAUAUUACAAAAUCAUUUCAUUGUACUUCAGAAGCUGUGUCUCGAAUAAGGGAGGAUGUUGAAUGCUCUUCACAGCAUUCUGAUAGCUCCUCAGACAGCACUGUAUGUCCCCCUUCCCGUCUUGUGCCAGGGCAUCAUUUAUGGGCUGAUAGAAAUGGUCGACAUGUGCUUGGUUUGAUUGAAGACUACAGUGCACUGCAGAAACAGAUUUCUGAGGGAAAAAUCUUAACUCAUGGCAUGGAUCGUGAUCUGCAGCAAUUCUUCCAUACAAUUUUAAAGCAAGGCGGAGAGUCAAAGAUGCAUGAGCAACGUUUCAUGAAAGGUUUCUCCUCAAAUGUUAGUACAAUGCAGCAGAUUUUGGAAGAGGCGAGUCGUUUACUGAAGCUGUUGUGGAGAGUUUCUUUGCCAUCUAAUGUUUUAAGCCACAUCCAGCUUCGACAGAAUGCAAGUAAGAAAAAUGAAAUUUCAAGAUUGCAGAAUAAGCUCGCCCAUCAGGAACAGUUGCUGUCCAAUACAGCAAAGUGCUUAAGAACAACCAAUCAGAUGAAAGAUGGAAUGGAAAUAUCAAUCUGUGAUUUGUUGUCAAAAACCUUUAAUGUCCUUCAAAGAGCAAAAAGCAAUUUAGAGGCUUACCAGCAUCCAAGGAAGGCUCUCCCUGCAGAGAAAGCCGUGGUGAGCGGCAACUGAUGUUGUCUUCAGAGGAGGCUGUCAUGUUCCCCGAAGAAGAAAGCUUGAAGCUGUACCAUAGUUUACAUCGGUUUAAAUAAUGAAGAAUGCUGCCUUGAAAAUCCUGUUACUCUCAAGAUCGUAAUGGUACACAAAAUGCAAAUUUUAAAGUACAGAAUUUUAUUAUUUUAAUAUAUUUUGAUAAAUUAUAGUACAUGCUUUUUUAAGUGAACUGCAUUAUUGUAAAAAAAAAAGUGUUUAGAAUUUGUUAUAAACUUUAAUACAAGUUAUUUUAUCAUGGUUUUUAAUUACAAAAAAAUGACUCAUGCUGCCCUUCUCGCUUUGAUGUACAUUAUGUAUUGCCACGUUAUUAUAUUGUUUUAAAUUUGAAAAAUGUAGGUUUUUGUCUUUGUUGUAUUUGUAAUGUUAUACUGCUGUUGGACAGAUGCCUUCAGGUCAGUCAAGAAAACCGGUACAGCUGUUUGUAUUAUUAAAAAAGGCUUUACACCUUCAA